UACUUGAGGUUCAGAUUAUUACUCUCUUUCUUGUGGAGCUCAUUUGCCAAAGGACACCCUAACUCUGUGUCCUAAAAUAAAGACUGCAGUUUUAUGAGUGUGUUGCUGCUUCUCAGACAGUCAGACAAGUAUAACUUGGGUUUCUUUUUUGGGUUUCAUUCUACAACAACUCUUCAAUACUUAAAAGGAUAGAAGAGAUUUGAAGACCUCAUGUGGAAGUAGAUCAUCUUUUGAAGAACUUCAGAUUUCGGGAUUUUGAGGACAGGAUCUUAAUGGAAGAGGGUAUUUUCUCUUCGGGUUCCUUACUUGGCGCACACGCAGAUUCAGCUAUGGACUUGGAUUACAUGGAUAAAUUGUUUUUAGAAGGAUGCUGGUUGGAAACAAUAGAUGGAUCUGAGUUCUUUAAUCCGAGUCCCUCUGGUUCAACCGCGUUUGUUGAUUCAUUUGUAUGGCCCGUUUCAGAUAUCAACAACGCCGAGUUGGCCUACACUCCAUCUCAGAAGAGCAAUCCAGAAGAGGAACACGUAUCAUUGUUGCUGAGGCAUUCACCCGCCGAUGAAUUCCAAGAAACAAGUCUUCUCAAUACAGAAGCUACUGGUCAUGACAUAAAUAGUGUUGUUACAUUGGAAAAUAAUGCAGCUGAUGCUUCUGAAGUAAGCAGAAGGUGGUGGAUUGGACCAAGAGCAAAUCCAGGUCCCAGAACUUCUGUGAUAGAUAGAUUAAUAACAGCACUCAGUUACAUUAAGGAUUUCACCAAAGAUAAAGAUGUCCUUAUACAAUUAUGGGUCCCUGUUAAUAGAGGCGGCAGACGCAUUCUUGUUACUUAUGACCAAAAUUUUGCACUUGUUCCUAAUUGUCAGAGACUGGCAAAUUACAGAGAUAUAUCCGUUAACUAUCAGUUUUCAGCUGAGGAGAACUCCAAGGACAUGGUGGGGUUACCUGGUCGCGUGUUCUUAGGCAAGGUUCCUGAGUGGACUCCUGAUGUUCGAUUCUUUACAAGUGAUGAAUACCCACGAGUAGAUCAUGCUCAACAAUAUGGUGUUCGUGGAACACUGGCGCUUCCUGUUUUUGAACAAGGGAGCAGAACUUGCUUGGGUGUCAUUGAAGUGGUUACAACUGCGCAAAAGAUCAUGUACCAGCCUGAGCUUGAGAAUGUUUGCCGGGCCCUUGAGGCUGUGGAUCUUCGGAGUUCUGGGGUACCAGGCAUGCUGAAUGUAAAGGCAUGUGAUAUGUCGUACCAAGCUGCACUGCCUGAGAUUUAUGAGGUUCUUAGAUCUGCUUGUGAGACACAUAAGUUGCCAUUAGCUCAAACUUGGGUCACAUGUUUCCAACAAGGCAAGGGAGGAUGUCGACAUUCUGAUGAAAAUUUCUUCCGCUGUAUUUCAACCGUGGAUCAUGCUUGCUAUAUACGUGAAACUUCUGUCCAGUAUUUUCACGAGGCUUGCUCUGAGCAUCACUUGUUAAAAGGUCAAGGAGUUGCUGGGGAAGCAUUCUUGACUAAUCAACCAUGCUUUACGAGUGACAUAACUUCAUACGGAAAAACUGACUAUCCUCUUUCUCAUCACGCAAGGAUGUUAGGAUUGCGUGCUGCUGUUGCAAUUCGCCUCCGAAGUGUGCACACUGGAAAAGCUGAUUUUGUCCUCGAGUUCUUUCUGCCAUUGGAUUGUACGGAUCCAGAAAACCAGAAGAAGAUGCUCACUUCACUGUCUGUCAUCAUACAACAGGUCUGCCGGUCCUUACGGGUUGUAACAGACAAAGAACUGGAGGAAGAAGUUAAUUUUCCCGUUAGUGAAAUGGUAGCCCCUACAGAUAGCAGACCUUGGAGAGAAGAAAUAUUAAGGGCCAAGCAUCCAUAUUCUGAAGAUAAUUUAAGGGCUACACAUCCAUAUUCUGAGGGUUAUACUGAAGAGAAUUUAUCCUGGACUGCUCAUUUCAAUGAGGCCCAAGAAAGUGGUUAUCACGAUACCAUGGGUCAAAUUAAGAAGCAAAAUGUAUUAACAGGUGAAAAAUCUAUGAGGCAUAGGAAAACUCAAGAAGAUAACAGCCUGAAACGGGGUAUCGAGUGUGAAGAUUCUGCAGUUGCUGAAGGUAGCUUUUCGAGUGUCUGUAUGGGUAAAACUGGAGAGAAAAGACGUACCAAGGCUGAGAAAACAAUCACUCUGCAAGUUCUUAGACAGUAUUUUGCUGGAAGCUUAAAAGAUGCUGCAAAGAGUAUUGGUGUUUGCCCCACAACCUUGAAACGAAUAUGUAGACAGCAUGGAAUUAAUCGAUGGCCCUCUCGGAAAAUCAAAAAGGUCGGCCACUCCUUACAGAAACUUCAGCGAGUAAUUGACUCAGUCCAAGGUGCCUCUGGUUCAUUGCAGAUUGGUUCCUUCUAUACAAAUUUCCCCGAGCUUGCCUCUCCGAAGUUAUCAAGAAGCAGUCCGCUUUCAAAUUCAAAUCAAACUGAGCAUCAAGAGCCAUCAUGCAUACAGACUGAGGAAACUAUUUUCAGCUCCCAAGUGGCUGCACCAAAAUCUACCUCAUCUUCAUGCAGUCAGAGUUCCAGCUCGAGCCAGUGUGUUUCCAGUGGGACUCAGCAAAGUCCUUCUGCGUCAACCAUACCCACUGCUGCAGAUCCUGUGCUUGGGGGAAAAUCAGGUAACGGAAUGUUAAAGAGGGUUAGAAGCGAAGCAGAGUUGCAUACCUCAAAUGAAGCAGAAAACUUGCUGCCUGGAUCUCCCAGCCAUCAAUCUCUUGGGGACCAAGCUAAUUUGGGAAACCUUCCACCUUUACCUAAAACUAAUAUCCGCACUUCCCAAGAGAUUGAUACUCGUAGAGUGAAGGUAACGUUUGGACAUGAGAACAUCCGAUUACGCAUGCCAAACAAUUGGGAAUUUAGAAAUCUAUUGGAAGAAAUUGCUAGACGGUUUAACAUAGAUGAUAUAAGCAGAUAUGACUUGAAAUAUUUGGAUGAUGACUUGGAGUGGGUUCUAUUGACAUGUGAUGAUGAUUUGGAGGAGUGUCUGGAUGUAUGCCAAUCAUCUCAGAACUACACCAUUAAACUGUCACUCCAAAUUUCUUCUCAUCUGUUGGGAAGCAGUGGUCUUUCCUGACACUAAUUAGGGUACACUUAGUUGUGUCGAUGAGGCAUGUACUUUUCGGAUUCAAUGUAUUAGAGUUACGCUGCUUUAAACUGCUGAAGUUGUAAUAUAGUUAAGCAGCGGAAAUAGAGAAUAGGCUGAUGCUGGAAUGCGGAACUUUGUUGAUUUGCGGACCUGGAGAUUAACGAGAUGGUGAUCUUGAAGGGCGAAAAAGCUUAUAGCAUUCUGAAAUGACAAGACGAGACGGGAUCAUAAGAGAUAUGAUCGAGUCUUUUGCUAGAGCAUAUGUUGUUGACAUAACCGAUGCAGCUAGCUUUCAGUCCCUUCGAGAUUCAAUCAUUGUUGAGUGAGCGAAGUCCUUAAUAAACUUUUUUGGAGCAUAUGAAUGUAUAAUAUAUGUUGAUAUAAAUAAGGGAUUGUCACCUUUGAUAAA